CGACCAUCAAGUCUGGCGGGAACCGAGGCUUUUCCACCAUGCACGGCUUCCACCUGCUGAGAUGUCCAGCUGUGAGGGCUCCUAGCAUCCCUCUCUAGAGACAACGGCAGAGAGGUCGGAGGUCCCUUACACAUCAAUGUCUCUCACUCCGAGUCGAAAACCCUCCUCAGGUCAGCGCAGGCGCUCAGUGGGCACGAGUGGCGGCAGCGGGCGAUAUUCCCACAGUGACACAUCCAGCACCCACACCUACCCGGGUCGGGUUAGGGCAGCAGAGAGCAGCCCCACGGCCCGGACGUAUCCGAGUACACCCAGGCGUCAGGCAAAGCACACGGCCUGCAGCGACAACCAUGGGAUCAGGCCUCCGACCCCGGAGCAGUACCUCACACCUCUGCAGCAGAAGGAGGUGUGUAUACGACAUCUGCGAGCCAGACUGAGGGACAAUGUGGAAAGACUACAACACAGAGACUGUGAAAUAGAUGAGUUGAGGGCCCAGCUGUACAGGAUGCAGGAAGACUGGAUAGAAGAGGAAUGUCACCGUGUGGAGGCCCAGUUAGCCCUGAAAGAGGCCCGGAAAGAGAUCCAGCACCUUCAGGAGGUGGUUGAGUCAGUGAGGUCCAACCUGAGUGUCCGGGAACAAGACCCCCACGACCACAAGCCAUACUCAGGGUUGAAGGGAGCUCAACCAGGGGGGAAGUCUCGCUCCUGUGGCUGCUCCCCAGCCAGCACUUUGAGCCGCGGCACCACCUACACCCGACUGAGCAGCGAGGCCCUGCAGCUGGAGCGCAGCUCAAAUGCUCCCGAGUCCAGCAGGGUGUCUCGCCCAGCAGGACAAACCCACCUGCUCCUGGAGGCGGCCCUCCUGUCAGAGCCACUGGCACCGCAGGGCCACAUGAGAGGCCCCCCGACUGUGCCGCGUUCUUCCACCUACGAAAGGCUGUGCAGCGGGGGGGCAGUGCUGCCAAUCUCACACUCCUGCCACACUCUCAGUAGCACCUGCAAGUGUAGUGGCCACACCUACCUCCCCCAUCAUCACCUGUUCCUGCACUUACCUCAGGAGGAGGCCCCGGUAUCAACGGCAGCUGCUGCCGUCCCUGCUUCUGAUCCCAUCCCCACUCCCACUCCUGCAGCGGAGAAGAAGCCAGAGGUACGCUCCCAGGCCUGCAGCCCGACCAUGACCUGGCUGUGUGAGGAAAGUUGUCCCGAAGAGCUGAGCGUCAUUUCUUUAGCCGCAGUAGACAUCACCCCCUCAGAACCACAUCUGUUUCCAUCUUCCUUACCUCCUUUGUCCCCUCUCGAGCAUUCAUACAGUUCAGACCCACUGCCACCCGACAAACCAGAGGUAAGCACGCCAGCAGAGCCUCAAACCAGCCAGCCCCACCCUGCAGCUCCACUUCCAGUGAGGCAGGAAGCUACAGUACUGGAGAUAGAAGAGGACAAUGUGGAUGAGACUGAGGGUACAAAUGAUGACGGGUAUCCCCCUCAGCUCUGCCACUGGAGCCGCUACUUCCUUGUAGAUCUGUUGGCUUUGGCAAUGCCAGUGGUCCCGACCAUGGCGUGGCUGUGUCGAGGGGCGCCGCACGAAGCCAUGCCGGUGUAUCACAUCGGGUCCCUGCUGAGAGGUUGCUGUGCUGUGGCCCUCCACUCACUUCGGCGCAGAGGUGCAGGCAGGGGACGCAGGCCUGCCAGCAUGAAUGGAACAACACCAAUCUGAGACUUUCUGCUCCCUUUGCCAUUAAGAAUACAACUUCCAACCUCUGCAGGCACAGCCACAGCAAUGCUAACUUUGCUUCAUCCAUGUGUUGGAUAUCUCCUCUUAUAAGAUUUUUAGAUUUAAAUAAUGCCCUUGUGAUUUUGUGGUCAUGCCUUGCCUUAGAGAACAAAGGAUUAGUUGUACAUUACGUUCGAUACUCAAGUAUACUUACUUCUGCCUGCAGUUUAAGUGGUUUUCUCUUAAUUGGAAUUUGCAUGUAACCCUGAGUUAGGUUGGGUUCUCUUGCUUGAAUUAAAAAGCCCCUGCCUGGAUUUAGAUGAGCAUCUUGUGGGCAAAGAUGUUCAGUUUGUUUAAUGAAAAGACUCAAAAGGAAAAAAAAAUGUCUGAAGUUGAAUGCUCCUGUAUCAUCACAUUAAAAAAAUUGUUAAUAGGAAAUUAAUUUCUUUGGCAUCAGUGACAUCCCACAAAAUCAGAAAAAUACACUACAGUCAGUACUUAUCUGAGUAGUUCAGAAACUGUUGAUAGACUUAUAGAGCACAGUGAGUGGAAGGCAUCCAUUUUUAUACUUCAGUUACUUCCACACAGGAAAAUAUUGAAUAAGGUUUAAAGCUGUCGGGGACUUUUAUUUUCUAAAAGGCAAAGCAUCGGAUCAAGAACUCAGGUGCAGAACAGACAGAUCACUGAUCUUUUGCCAAUAAAGAAAACAGGAGGGUUUCAAACUGUGCAGACUCUAUUUCUUUGAUCCUGUUGGAACAUUUAUCCUAAAUAACACAAUUUUUCUUGCUAAAAUCAAAGAGCAUCAGUUACCUGAAAAUAAAGGAAAAUUGUCACUUCUUACCAUAAAUGGAAUAAUGGAGAUGUCAAACUGUAAAUCAUGCUGAAAUAAAAAAACAAGGCACUGGACAGCCUAUACUGGACUAUAGCGGUUUGGAUCUAAAAAUAAAGUCUUCAGGUGGGUGUGUGAGCAGGGCAUUAAUAUGCACCUGACUUCCACGGCUCCAGUCCUGAAACGUGCACCGCCUGGUUGUGUAUCUACAGUUAACAUAUUUCUAUACAAGGAGACAAGGAGAUCGUACAGUAGAUUGUGAUCUGCACGGCUGAAUGAAUGACGGACUUGGAUGAGCAGUUUUGUUUACUGAAUUUGUGAAGAGAUUUUGAUACAGUGAUCUAUUUUUUAAUUUUACAAGAAACAUAAGGUCUUUGCACAGCUGCAGGUAAAGAUUAACACUUGGAAAGUUAUUCUUUGCAUCAGUGUGGGUUGCUUUCUAGUAAUGAUGUACAGUAUGUGCUGUAUAAUAGCUGUGAAUAAUUCAUCUUUAAAGUGGCCCUCUUGUGUGUCUGCUGAAAUGGUUCAAUUCUGUCUACAAGAAACAAUGAUGUACAGUAUGCAUUGUUACCGAUUUCAGCCUUAUUAUGCAAAAAAAAACAAACAAUGUUUUAGCUUUCAGGGAACUUUCAAAUAAGGUUUCACUAGUUGUUUAAUCAGUGAUUCAGCUUAAGGUAGAAGAAAAGCUUAAUACAAAUUCAAACUUCUAUGGAAAAUAAAGUGUAAUGCAUCUGUGG